AUGAAUACUACAAAUAUACGUGUGAAUCUGAAAUUGGAUUAUAAUUAUCGUUCUAAUUACACAAUCAAAUAUGUAGUAUCUACUAGCAAAGUUUCUGCAAGAUCCAGCUUCACAAAACUACAAGAAAAAGCUACAGAAACAGAGCAGCAAUUAGAUAUUAGUCAUGAUUCAAAACCCGGACAUUAUUACAUUGGAAUUAAACUAGAAUUUGAAAAUGAUGAAAACCAAGAACCUUUUGUUUCAAAAGAAAUCGACUUUGAGAAAUCAUUGUCUGCAUUAUCAAUUGGUCGCCGAACAUUGACUGAUGGCGGUUACUCGGCUAAGCAAGGCUACACAGUAAUACUCCAGCCAAUGGCUGAAAAUUCAAAUACUCAUGUAUACGCAAAGUUCGGAAAUAAUCAGUUCACAUUUUUCAAGAAUAAUACUAUUGGCAUUAAUUUCAACGAAAGUGGUGUCAUUUAUGUCAAUGGUAGUGCUAAUAUUAACUGUAUUGUCAUGUCAAUAUCCAGUAUUAAGAACGAUGAUUCUGUAAUUAUGAUUGGAAAUGGCGAAUUUAGUGCUGGAAAUAUGGAAAAUGUUGAUUUUAAUAUGGAAAGUGCUAAAAAUUAUUUAUUUGUUCUUUCAUCAUUUGAUGGAAAAGGCCAAUCAUCUUUGGAUGGAGAUAUCGAUGAAGACGCAUUGGAACUCGUAAGAUACAAUGCAGAUGGUACAAAAAUAGUUAAUUCACAGCCAUCAAGAAAGUUAUUGGCUGGUUCUUCACAGCCAGACAAUAUUGACAUUUAUUCAAUGAAAAAUUAUAAUGAUGAAUACAAGUUCAGUUAUAAUUUCAAAACAACAAAUUCAAAUGAUAAAGAAAGAAUCAUAAUUAAUUCGAAAUUCGGAACCCAUAAUAUGGCUUCAGAACCUGAUGCAGUCAAAGUACAAGAAUCAUCUCCUACACCAGGCAACAAAGGUGGUAAUACAGCACUCAUUGCUGCAGUCGUGGCGGUAAUAGUUAUUAUCGUAAUUGUUUGUGUUAUCGUCUUCUUUGUGAUGAAAAAGAAGAAACAGGCAAAAAGAAAUGACUCAGAAGAAGGAGAUGUUCAUGAAGACGAGUCAUUCGAUAGAGCCAAUGCAGUUUAA